AUGGAGCGCGCGGAAAGCUCCGAGUCCGAAUCCAGCUCGGGGUCCGAUAGUGACGGCGACUAUGCAUCCUCCGACGCUCCCCCUCCCUUGACGCCGCGCAAGCGCCGCAUGCAGCCUGCCAUUAGCCCGCGAGAUUCGCAGGCGGAUCUCAACGGUUCCCCUGUACAGUGUGUCCUGCCACAGCGCCCGGGCAAUGCGAUGACCCGCAACAUACGCGAGCCCUGGGGGCAUCGCCAUUCUCCUACGAUCCGGUCGCCCUCGCGCGCACAGAACACUUGUACUAAGCUCCCUGCCCACUUGACACCGAUCAACAACCAUGGCCUGUUCCUCCCGGGCCAAGCAAACACGAAACAGUCUGGUGCCAAGCCGCGGUCCGAGGACCGCAUUCGGGCUGCACAGCACCUGUUUCGUGCUUUGGGACAUACGAACCGCUCCGAGCAGGCUCGGACCGAACCAGGUAACGCAGAUCGCGCUGCUACGCGGCCGCGCAUCUCCUUCUUGCACGGCCUCUCCGCGCAGGCCGACCGCCGCAACAGCAAGCACGACUUGGCCGAGGUGCCGAAGCCCGCGGAACCGAUCAUGCCUCAAUUCUCGCGCACGAUGCAGGGUACACAGCAAUGUGUCAUUGCGACCGAGAGCAGCACGUUUGAGCUGGUCAUUACCCCGCCUUCGCCCCGCCCAGACGGCGAGGAUAAAAAGAAGGGAAUCACGGGUGUGCGUAUCACUUCGCACCGUUCGCGUGCGCCUCCGACGAUCUCCCCGCCCUCGCCUACGCUGCAGCCGCCGCCGUUUGAGCUGGCGCCGGGCCGCUCGCGGCACCUGGCCCAGCAGCGCCGGCAGGCCGCUCCGCAGCUGCUUGCCCAGCAGACCGUGCACCGGAACCUCGCUCCCUCCCCGUCGCCCCGUGCUCUGAUGCAGUGCAACACGAUGCCGCUGCAAGAGAGCGCGGUGCAGGCGCGCCGCCCCACGACGCCGAUGGCGCAUACGACUCCCUCGAAAGAGGCCACCCCGCCGCGGUUCUGCCAAGGCGUGCACUUCGCUGGUAUCGAGGCGCCUUCGUCCAAGUACGUGCCGCCCGGUCGCCGCCGCCGCAUGCCUGGCGCCGUAGCACACUCGCCCAUGGGCGCACGCGUCGCGAUGCCCCUCCAUCACUAA